AUGGGUCCAAACCUUGAUAAGCUUCCUACUCAAGAUAAAACCAUAGAAAUAUUCCAAUUAUGGAUGAAAGAGCAUGGACGGGUCUACAAAGACCUAGACGAGAUGGCAAAGAAAUUUGACAUUUUUAUUUCCAAUUUGAAGUAUAUCACGGAGACAAAUGCAAAGAGAAAAUCAUCUAAUGGUUUCCUUCUUGGUCUUACAAAUUUUACUGAUUGGAGCUCCGAGGAGUUUCAAGAAAGAUACUUACACAACAUUGACAUGCCCACGGACAUUGACACAAUGAAGGUGAACGACGUUCACUUAUCAUCAUGUAGUGCUCCUUCAUCCUUGGAUUGGAGGUCAAAAGGAGUCGUAUCUGAUAUUAAGGAUCAAAAGAAUUGUGGGAGUUGCUGGGCAUUCUCAGCUGUAGGUGCCAUUGAAGGAAUAAAUGCAAUAACAACAGGGAAGCUUAUCAACCUUUCAGAGCAAGAGCUUUUGGAUUGUGACCCUAUAAGUGGGGGUUGCAAUAGUGGAUGGGUCAACAAAGCAUUUGAUUGGGUUAUAAGAAACAAAGGAGUUGCAUUGGAUAAUGAUUAUCCAUAUACGGCAGAGAAGGGUGUUUGCAAAGCCUCACAGAUUCCAAACAGUGCAAUUAGUAGCAUUAAUACAUAUCAUCAUGUGGAGCAAUCAGACCAGGGACUAUUGUGUGCAGUUGCUAAGCAGCCUGUUAGUGUGUGUCUUUAUGCACCCCAAGACUUUCAUCACUACUCAUCCGGAAUAUAUGAUGGACCCAAUUGUCCGGUGAAUUCUAAAGAUACAAAUCAUUGUGUGUUAAUAGUGGGUUAUGAUUCAGUGGAUGGUCAAGAUUAUUGGAUCGUAAAGAACCAAUGGGGCACGUCAUGGGGAAUGGAGGGUUAUAUGCAUAUCAAAAGGAACACAAAUAAAAAUACUUAUGGUAUCCCAACCAAGUACUCAUCCAUAUUGGGUCCAAAACUUGAUAAGCUUCCUACACAAAAUAAAACUAUAGAGUUAUUCCAAAUAUGGAUGAAAGACCAUGGAAGGGUCUAUAAAGACCUAGAAGAGAAGGCAAAGAAAUUUGACAUUUUUGUGUCCAAUUUGAAGUAUAUCACAGAAAGUAAUGGCAAUAGAAAGUCAUCACCUCAUGGCUUCCUUCUUGGUCUUACCAACUUUGCUGAUUGGAGCCCCCAAGAGUUUAAAGAAAGAAUGUUACACAAGCUUGACAUGUCCAUGAUCAAUGACACAAUGAAGUUGAAUGAUAUUGCCUCAUCAUCAUGCAAUGCUGCUCCUUCAUCCUUGGAUUGGAGGUUGAAAGGAGCUGUCACUAAUGUUAAGGAUCAGACCAACGAUUGUAGUUCUUGCUGGAUAUUCACAGCUGUAGGCGCCAUUGAAGGAAUAAAUGCAAUAAAAACAGGGAAGCUUAUUAGUCUUUCAGCGCAAGAACUUUUGGAUUGCAACCCUGCAGCAUGCAACACUGGAUUUGUGAACAAUGCAUUCAAUUGGGUUAUAAGAAAUGGAGGACUUGCAUCGGAUUAUGAUUAUGCUUAUACGGCAAAAAAGGGUUUUUGCAGAGCCUCACAGGUUCUUAAUUGA